UACUGUUAUCAAAUACCUACUGAUUAAUUUUGAAAUUUAUUUACUUAUAUUUUAUUAUUAUUUAUUAUUUAGUAAUAUUUGUAUUUAUUAUAUUAUCCUUAAUCAUGAUCUGUGGUGCUGACAGCCGUCUACCAUUCUAUCAAUAUAGGUACUAGGUAGAUUUAUACUUAUUGUUCAAUUUUUGUAUCAAUAAACACCAUAUUACCACAGUAAAUCACUAAACGCCGAACGGUUCGUUAAUGAUAAUUGCUCUUGCAAUAAUCUCGUUCUUUCCUUCUAAGUUGUUGGUAUCUUCAGGUUUCACGAACAAAAUACCGGCUUAUGGUGAAUGGUGAACACUCGUCACCCACUAUUGUAAAUAUUAAAUCAUGAACUUAAUUUUGAACUGCGCUGCAAUUUUUAAAAAUGUUUUUAACUGUGAUUUUUAUUUCCUACCACAUUAAUAAUUAAACUUUCGAUUACGGAUAAUACAUAUAUCACUUGAACUACCCAACUAAAAAUGACAUCACCGAAAAAAGGAACAGGACGUAUUCAGCGCACAAAAGUUACUACUACCAUGAGUAAAGGAUCUAUGUCCCAAGCUAUGAUGCAGCUCUUGCACUAUCAAUCAUUAAAAGUCACAAAUAAUUUGAGUAACAUCCAAAAGGUGACUCAAAGAAAAAUUAUGCCAAAAGAAAAAACAGAACACACAGCCUCUGAAACAAGCAAUGAACACAUGACUGCAGUGAUUCAUUUGCCAUGUCAAUCAUCAACUAUUUCCAAUACAAAUUAUUCAAAUGACACUAGAAUGGUGAGCCAAGUAGAAAUCAUGAUGUUGCCGGUUAAAGAGACAGAUUGUGGGACAGCUACUAUUAGCGGAAAAUGUACUACAGAUAAUAUGGUUGUCUGCGAUGAAUCUUUUGGAACUACCACUGUAGCCGUGGAUGACAAAUAUGAAACUUUAGUUGAUAGCAUUAAAAGCAAAGUCGGUCCAUAUGUUUGCCAGAUUUGUGAUAAAUAUUUUAAAUAUGUAAGUAGCUUGAAUGAACACGAGAAAAGACACAAGCCUAUUGGAAACGAAACACAAGCAGGUGUAGUUCGGUCUCAUGUGUGUGAAAUUUGCGGUCUGGCAUUUAAGAAGAUAUAUACCCUAACUGUGCACCUCAGGAUGCACACUGGACAUAAGCCGUUUGCAUGCAAAGUCUGCGGCGAUACGUUUACAUGUUCAGCCAACCGUUCUGUACAUAUGAGAACACACACAGGGUAUCGGCCUUAUGUUUGCAAUGUUUGUGGAUAUGCAUUCAACCAAUCGCACGUUCUGACUGAACACAUGAGGCUUCACACUGGCGAAAGACCCUAUGAGUGCGGUCUGUGCAAGUUGGUGUUUGUGUCCAGUGGUUUACUUAGGAAACACACCGUACGUAAACAUAACAAACAUGCCUAGCUUUAAUAAAAUUUAUAAGUGUAUAUUUUAUUAAUACAACAGUUACAAAUAAAGAACAGCAAAUCUAAAAUAAAAAUGUUUUCUAUAUCUAUCCAUCUAUUUCCAAAUUCUUCUGUUUAUAGAUAGCAGUCAAUAAUAAAUUCUGAAUUGUCAAAGAAUA